UGAGGGCCUUUAUAGUUUUAGGACAACGUUAUCGUGUCAAAGGGGGAGGGGGGCGUUGUUACAAACUAUUGGGCAGGAUAUCGAUCAGGAUGUUUCUAUCCACGUCUAUAUUCAACUCCUCUGUCCUAUUGCUGCAUGUUGACACGUAGUAAUGGUUAUAAUUAUGAAACGAGUAAAAUACUAUAGAGAUCUGUGACUACCUGAGUCAUAUCUCUCACAAUGGAGGAGUCUUACAGCUGCCCAGACUGUGCCUUCACUGCCAACAGGGACCUUGUACUGCAGGUGCUCAGGCACUUCUUCAACUGUACAUCCUUCAGGUGCAUCCAGGAUAUCAGCUGUGGCCACAACCUGGGACUGUCCACACCCAGGCCUCAAACACAGCAGGGAAACAGCAAUUGUAGUCAGAAGAACAGCUGCUAUGCUGACAAGUCAACUAAGGAAAGGAGAGAUUCACCUGUUCAGUCAGCAUUUGCCACAGCUAACGUUCCUUUAGAAAAUACUGACAGCCUCUACAGUCCACAUAGCACUAGAAGUAGUACAGCUACCAAUGGUUUCAUCUUUCAGUCAGACAAUAGCAAUAGGUCUAAUGGUACCGGUAGCAAGGAAGUUUCUUCCAUGGACUUAUCAGAACAUGAUUCUGAGGAAAUUGUAGAUGAGCAGUGUAACACAGAUAGCACAGAAAACAUGCAAUUACACACCGGUAGAAACUUGACGCUGAACAUUCCAGACAGACAGGCUGCACCUUGUAGGAUUGAAAGUUACUUCUCUGUCAAGCCUCAUAAAAGUGGCCUUCCUGUAGCUUGCCAAUCAAGUGAAAAUGUUAUGCAAGAAAAAACUGACAGUGGGUCAGGAGCAGUGUCGGCACAGAACUUGAGAAUGGCCACUUUUCAUGACUCAGUUGCUACAGACACAGCUAGAAGUGACACACUGAUGCAAGUGCAAGUUAAAGUAGAGCCAAGUACUGAGGAGUAUGGGCACUGCAGCACAGGGGCACAGGGAGAGAGCUCGACAGAGGGACUAUACAAACAGAGCUCCCACCUGACAGUGGGCCCUGCCAUUCCAUCUGUUGUGGGUAACUGGGACAGUAUUCAGCAGAUGCGUAGGGACCCAGCUAACGCAGGUGCUCCAACAUCUGCAAGUGAAGGCGUGUCGGCUAACUCUCAGGAACUACACAGUGGUCAACAAGUGAGUAUGUUUGAUUCAAAAUUGGGGCUGUACAACUGGAGCACAGCCAAUGAGGUGUCCCAUAUGCUGCCAUACCUAUAA